AUGGCAGCAGAAGAAGAAGAUCAGUUGCAACAACUCAGAUCCAAAGCCACAGAGCUUUUCAUCAGAGAAGAAUGGAAUGCAUCAAUCGAAGCCUAUUCCCACUUCAUCACCCUCUGCACCAAAAAACUUUCUCAUUCUCACCCAAACCAGAAGCUUAGCAGAUCCCUCUGCAUAGCCUUAUGCAACCGCGCAGAAGCGAGGUCCAAGUUGAAGGACUUCCACAGCGCCCUUCAGGACUGUGACCACGCUUUAGAACUCGAUGCAACGCAUUUGAAGACCCUUUUGUGCAAAGGUAAGAUCUUGCUCUGCCUGAACCGAUAUGCUUCCGCUCUUGAGUGCUUCAGAACCGCCACGCUUGAUGGGAACGCUGAAAGCGUAAGUGGAUACUUAGAGAGAUGCAAAAGUUUGGAGCUUUUGUCCAAAACGGGGUGUUUCGAUCUUUCGGACUGGGUUUCAAAUGGGUUUCGAGGGAAGGUUCCAGAGCUUGCAGAGCACAUUGGUGCGGUAGAGAUUAGAAGAUCUGAGAUCAGUGGGAGAGGGUUGUUUGCAACGAAGAAUAUUGAUGCUGGUUCAUUGAUCUUGGUCACCAAAGCAAUUUCCAUGGAAAGGAGUAUCAUAAUGGGAGGAGUUCAGGAUCUGAGUGAGGAUGCACAGUUGGCAAUGUGGAAGAAUUUCAUUGACAAGGUUUUUGAGUUUGUUGGGAAGUGUCCCAGGACAAGGGGUUUGAUUAAUAGGUUGUCAUAUGGAGAGAAUGAGGAUCAACUUGAGGUGCCUGAUGUUUGUCUCUUUAGACCUGAGAGUGUGGAGAAGGAUGGUGAAGUGGAGGUUGGCGUUGAUAUGGAUAAGUUGCUUGGUAUAUUGGAUGUGAAUUCUCUCACUGAAGAUGCUGUUUCGGCCAAUGUGUUGAGGAGGGGCAAUGAUUGUUAUGGUGUUGGCCUAUGGUUGCUCCCUUCCUUCAUAAACCACUCUUGUUGUCCCAAUGCAAGGAGGUUGCAUGUUGGGGACUACUUGGUGGUUCAUGCUUCGAAGGAUUUGAAGGCUGGGGAGGAGGUCACCUUUGCUUAUUUUGACCCUUUGUGUGGUUUGAACAAGAGGAAGGAGAUGUCUGUGAAUUGGGGGAUUCAUUGCAAGUGCAAGAGGUGUAGGUUUGAGGGGGAAGUGUUCUCCAAACAGGAAAUAAGAGAGAUAGAGAUUGGUCUUGAGAGAGGGAUGGAUGGGGGGGGUGUGGUGUACAAGUUGGAGGAACAACUGAAAAGGUUGAAGGUUAGGGGGAAAGAAAAAGGGUAUUUGAGGGCAUCAUUUUGGGAAGCGUAUUCUCAGACUUAUAGGACAGAGAGGGCCAUGAAGAGGUGGGGAAGGAGGAUUCCUACUGCGGAGGUUGUGGUUGAUAGCAUCACUGAUGUGGUGGGAGGGGAUCACAGGUUGCUUAAGUUGCUCAUGGAGGAGUUGAAGAAAAAUACUGGUGGAGUUGUAGAGAAGGACAAAGUUUUCAAGAUGGCAAGAGAAGUGUUUGGGAAGAUAGUGAAAAAGCAAGCAAUGAAGACACUUCUUCAACUCUGCAUUGGUGAUUGA